AUGGAUUGGUCUCAGCUCUCGCAGAUCCACAAUAUCCUUUCGAAAUUCAACGAGUUGACUCUUCUUGCCGUCCCAAUCUACUACAAACUUCAUGAUUUACUUGAUAAGGCAUCCAAGCGCAAGGAGAGAUUCCUAGAUCUUGACAAAGAUAUAUCAUUGGCUGUGAAAGAAGAUACUUCUGAUACAUACUACACUGCCCUCAUCUUGGAUCCUCAGAUUAAAGGUGAUCUCCUUCUCAAUAAACUAGAAGAUAAGACUACUGGGAGGGAGAUCCUUCAAGCUCUCCGUGACAGUCUCCACCAUGAUUACUCAGUCGCCACUAUAGAAUUAAGCUUACCUACAGGACAAUCCCUACUGGAGCACAAUACCAAGCACAGUGAUGUAGAGUCCCAGUUACUAAAGAGGUUAUAG